CUUUCAUGUUUGUUUAUUUUUGAAUUAUGUGAUGACCCAACUAACCCCCACUUAUCUCGGCUGACCCAUAAACAAAAAACCCACUUUAGUUUCUCAGUGCCAAAACCAUUUCUUCUGUUUCUUCUCUGUUUUUCUUCUCCUCUCUUCCAACUCCGUCCGGCGGCCGAAGAUGGAGGAAGAAGGCAUAAGAGCCUUCGGGUGGAAGCCCAUCGGAGAUGCCAAAACCCUAUGUGCAACAUUGUUUUCUGUGUUGACGUCUCUUGUCAUGGUACUUCUGUUCCUGUGGACCAUUUGGUCCGAAUCUGGAGUUGCAGACACGCCGGGGAUAAAGCGGGAGUCGAACAAUUGGGCAUUCUGCGUCGGAGUUCUAACUCUAGUUCUCGGUUUCUUGUUUUUGGCUGCUGGUCUUUCUUUACUAGCAAACUUGGUUAUGAAACUCUCGGAACAAUUGCAGAAGAGGCAGGAGGAGUCCAGGAAACCUCAAGCUCAAGCAGGGAAGCUGAAGACGAUAUGCAUUGUCAGCCGCAUAGUUGUGAGUAUCAUCGCAAUGAUCAUGCUGGCAUGGGCAAUCAAAACUGGAUUUAGGCUUGCAACUGAACCUAGAAGAGAAGGCAAAUAUUAUCCUCUAGCAUCGCCAGUUGGUGUCGUGACUAUCAUGUUUGGCUUCACUUAUUCUAUCAUCGGACUCUGCAUAAUUGCAGAGCUAGCAGUGGAGUUGACAAAGCAGUUGCAAACGACAGAGAACAAUGAAAAUGUAAAUCAACAAGUACGCAAAAUAAACGUCAAAUGUUCUGUUUGACACUGCUAUAAUACACCACACCAUGUGUAAAUAACAUUAUAUUUUCCGAUUUAAGCUGCGAUUAUGGCUCCA